AUGGAAGAACACAACGACACGCUCUCACUAUUUCAGAAUGACAGUGGUUUAGAUCACCAACUUUACAAUGUUACUUUACUUGUGAAGCUUCCACUGAGUUAUCAGAUCUCCACGUCUUUUUUAAUCGGCGCGCUCAUUUUAUGUUCCAUAUUUGGAAACGCUUGUGUUGUGGCGGCAAUUGCUUUGGAGAGAUCCCUCCAGAAUGUGGCAAACUACCUAAUUGGAUCUCUCGCCGUGACGGACCUCAUGGUGUCGGUGCUUGUGUUGCCAAUGGCGGCUCUUUACCAACUUUUAGACAAGUGGACACUUGGACAGGUAACUUGUGAUAUUUUUAUUUCUUUAGAUAUUUUAUGUUGCACAUCUUCCAUUCUGCACCUGUGUGCAAUAGCGUUGGACAGAUACUGGGCAAUAACUGACCCAAUAGGCUACAUGAAGAAAAGGACAUUAAAACGCGCCGCGCUUUUGAUCACCGUUACCUGGCUGGUUGGCUUUUCGAUUUCAAUUCCCCCCAUGUUGAUCAUGAAAUCGCAGCCCAAGACGUGUAUGAUCAGCCACGACCCAUGGUACACUAUUUAUUCCACCUUUUGCGCAUUUUACAUACCUCUCAUUCUCAUGCUGGUCUUGUACGGACGCAUAUUCAAAGCGGCAAGAUUUCGCAUUCGCAAAACUGUUCGCAAAACAGAGAAAAGGAGGGUGAAAUGUUUGAAUGUGUCACCUGCUCUUUUUAAGAGAGCAAAUGGAGAGCUGGGCAAAAACUGGAAAAGCGCAGUGGAACCCAAGCCCGCCGCGUGCGUAAACGGAGCGAUUAAGCACGUGGAGGACGGCGAGUCACUGGAGAUCAUCGAAGUUCACAGUCAUUCCAAAAACAACCUUCCUCUACCCAACACGCCAAACCCUGUGCCUCUCUUCGAGAACAAACAUGAGAAGAACACCGAAGCGAAGAGGAAGCUCGCCUUGGCACGGGAGCGCAAGACAGUAAAAACCCUGGGCAUUAUAAUGGGCACUUUCAUUCUGUGUUGGCUGCCAUUCUUCAUCAAAGCACUGGUGAUGCCUUUUUGUCCGUCUUGUGAGAUGCCUUUAUGGCUCAAAGACGUCAUUAAUUGGCUUGGCUAUUCAAACUCGCUUUUGAAUCCCAUAAUUUACGCAUACUUCAACAAAGACUUUCAGAGCGCGUUCAAGAAAAUCAUUAAAUGCCAUUUUUGCAGACCAUAA